AUGGUUAUCGGACGAUCAGCUGACCGUCCAAAUGCUCCUGCAUUCCCCUUUAAGGUAGCCUGCCAGCAAAGGAAGCACAGCAAGGGACCCACCCGAAGCCACAGCAGACAUCGCCCAAAGUACUACCUUGAGGCUCGUUCAACGUCUCCUGACCGUCGUCGCGAGGCAUUUGGCGUCAAACAGCCUUUUCAACAGCGACCUUACGCUCCAGAAACCCCUCUUGCCAUUCCGGCCAUUGAUUCCAUCACUUCGGCAUAUCAGGCUGGAAAAGAAGAUGCGAUGGCGGAGAGAUUCGGUUUUACUGAUAGAGUUGCUCAAAAACUACCACAGAUCAUUCGACCUGUCAUUCAACGUAUCAUUGAGCCAAGGAACAUUGUACAACGGCAGGCUGAAGAAUACAUCAGCCGGAGGGAUUUCAACCGAAGGGAGCUUGAUCAAAAGGAGACUGAAGGAGGAAACUUGAACGGAGAAGACUUGAACGGAGAAGACUUGAUCGUAGAACGAUUGAACUUGAUCGAAGACAACUUGAUUUUGAACGAAGACCGCUCGAACCAAGACCACACCUGUUGGAUUGUCGAGCCAGCGAUUUUGAGCGAAGGCCACUUGAGAGGCCCAAGCUCUUCGAAAGAAGACAUAGCGAGAUCCGGCUCGAGUACGCGAGACCGAUCGAGGCCAGGCAAGACUACUCCGAUCUCGGUCGCCCAUCGAGAGAGACUCCUCGAGGCAUCGGAGCCCGCCGAUAAAAGUAGCACCGAACCAUCUCGCUUCGGUUACCUUCUGAUUUGCUCGUCCCAAGAGAAACGAUUAUGUGCUGUAGGAGACCGCCUUCGCUCUGAGGGCGUUUCUUGCAUGAAUGCCGGAGUAUUGGAGCGGAUGCCACAAAUCGCACAAGCUGCUGGCUAUGCGUCUCGCUUAAUGCGAGUUCGCCGCUGGCAAUAUGAUGCGGGGGACAUUCGAACUGCGGAAUCCACCUAUUCUUUGCAUUCUUGGCUGCCAAAUUGA